AUGCAUGAUUUUCUUGUAAAGUUUUGGCGUGUGGGGAUUGACACAACUGCGUUCAAGGAAGAAUUGCUUUCGUGGUCUUCACAACAGAGACAACUCUUUCUGGAUUGUCCAAGGUGUACACAGAGAUUUAUUUUCUCAACUCAAAUUGAUCUGCAGAAGCGAAGGUUUCAUAAACAGAAAAAAAUGGCAACAAAUUAUCCCAGUUCAAACAAUCAGAGAGAUACUGCCACUAUCCUCUAUUCAAGAGACUCUUUACCCAAUUCUUAUUCAGAAACACAACUUCCAGGACAAAUGACAAUGUACAUGAAUUUCUCAUCCUCCUCAGAGUCAUAUCCAAAUCCAAACAGAGAAUUUUCGUCGAAUCUUGAUGAGUCGAGAAUUGCGCAGCAUGAUUUCGAGGCUUGGAAAGACGAAGGUCGAAAUCAAACUGUACUAAUGAACUCAGUGGAUGGAUCUUCAGGAUUAUCCCUUAGUUUCAGUACAAAUGUACCAUCAGGACUGCAGAUUCCCUCGUUCCAAUAUCAGAAUCAUAAUCCCAUUUUCUUGAAUUCUAAUGAAGAUAAUAUGAUUAUUCCAGGAAGUAGUUCAGAUGGGAUGUCUAGAUCUGUUCUUAAUACAAAGUACUUGAAAGUAGUUCAAGAAUUGCUUGAUGAAAUUGUUCAUGUCAAAAAAGGUGUAAAUAAGCAAAAUUCGAAAAAGGAUUUAACGAGAAACUCUAAAGAAAGUGAUGGUGAAACUGGAAAUGGAAAUUCAGAAAAUUCCCAGAGUGAGGUUUCAGCAGCUGAGAAGCAAGAUUUGCAAGAUAAAAUCAGCAAGCUCUUGUCAAUGUUGGAUGAGGUUGACAGAAGGUACAGACAGUAUUACCAUCAAAUGCAAAUAGUGAUGUCUUCUUUUGACAUAAUAGCAGGCUCUGGUGCAGCCAAACCAUACACAUCCCUCGCCCUCUACACAAUUUCACGCCAUUUUCGUUGCUUGCGAGACGCCAUAAAUGCCCAGAUUCAGGCUGCACAGAAAAGCCUCGGGGAGCAAGAUUCUUUAUCAAAUGGUAAAGGGAUUGGAUUAACUCGACUCCGUUAUGUGGAUCAGAAACUAAGACAACAGAGAGCCAUUCAGCAACUUGGUAUGAUGCAACAUGGCUGGCGGCCACAAAGGGGGCUGCCCGAAAACUCGGUUUCUAUUCUGCGUGCUUGGCUCUUCGAGCACUUCCUUCAUCCCUACCCAAAAGAUUCGGACAAGAUCAUGCUAGCCAGGCAGACUGGUUUAACAAGGAGUCAGGUCUCAAACUGGUUCAUAAAUGCAAGAGUUAGGCUGUGGAAGCCCAUGGUUGAAGAGAUGUACAAAGAAGAGAUUGGUGAUGCAGAAAUGGACUCUAUUUCUUCAUAUGAGAAUGCACCAAAAGCUAUGAAAAGUGAUGCAAAAGAAGAAGAUUUGCAACAAAAUGCAACAUCCCCAGGAACUGAAUGCUGUAGCCCCAGGAAUCUCCCUGACUUAGAAAUGGUAGAGUCGGAAACCAAUCAGAUUUUUCAGAAUACGACUUCUCAGAACGAAUACAGGAUAGAGAAAACAACUCGAGAUCUGAGGACUUACAUGGAUGACACUAGUCUUUUUCCAGAUACAAUAUUGCAUUCAAAUUGUGGAACUAAUAGAUUUACGGAAGCGGAAGCUGCUGCAUACCAUAUGUCAGAAAUGGGAAGAUUUGAAAGUGGAAAUGAGGUAUCACUUACAUUAGGAUUGCAGCAUUUCAAGGCCAGUAGUUUACCAAUGUCUGAUGACACUCAACAUAGUUAUUUCACUAUUAGAGGCAAUAAUGUAAACAAUGGGGAGACUUCGUCUUCCGGGACCCACACACGGUUGGAAAGCGGGCAACAUCAUUUUGCCACCUCCAGUCUUUUGCAUGAUUUUGUAGCAUGA